GAGGCUGCUGGUCUUUAUAGCUCCCCAGCGUGAUCCUGCUACCUCAGAGUUUCCAGGCUGGUGGCGCUUAUGUCCUUAGUUCUCUUCCUCUUUGUUUGAGUUGUAUGGAUGACUCUGUGAAGUUCACGUUUCUCCCUGCAUGUCUGGGUUGCUUUGCACCAGAUGCUCAAAACAGCCUUAAAAAGAAUCUUGCUGUCUGUGCAAAUGCUUACCUUGUUCUAGGAACACUGAGGAGGUGAUUGCAAGAAGAAAAGGACAAAUAUGCUGCCUGUUCAUGCAACUUCAGACUUUCCAGACUCCACUAGUAUGAUCUACCUACUCAUUUAAGAUCUCUUUUAUUUCAGAUUAUUUAUCCAAAAAAAUGUGAUGUUCAGUCAGGUCUCUUGCAGUAGCAGUGAUGAAAGAAGGAGCAGGUUGGCAACUCUCUGGUUGUUACUGUGAAGGUCAACCUUUUUUUUUUUUUUUUCCUAAGUUUUACUCUCAUUUCUGGUCUCCUUGUUGAUACCAAGUUUUGUGUUGUUACGUCUUUGCUUUGUGUCUGAGAAAUAGAGGUGGCAGAUCUUUUUUGAUGAAAGGAUUAUUCCUGCAGGUGGUGCAAAAAUCCCUGUUUUUGAUCUGUCUCUACUAAGAAUACAAGGAAUGGGCACAUGACUUCAAAACAGGUUUUGUGAUAUGAAUGCAUACUAGUGCAUACAUAAAAGUAAAUAUUAGUUCAAAGCAUCUUUAUAUCAUGAAGCUGAAAAUAUUAUUUCUAAUUUGAGGCUCAGUAUGACAGGAUGAAUGAUGUGAAAAUACUAGUUUUAUCAUGUAAUGAGCAAGAUCAGGACUGAAACAAGUUAAGAUAAAGCAGGAAGGACAGUGAAAAAGGGAAUUACAUAGAAUAUAACUAGCUUUUGCCUCCCUUAGUUCUUGGACCCUCCCAUGCGGGUAUCCUUUAACAGCAAAGGAGACUUGCUACUUAACAAGUUCAUAUUGUAAUGGGUACAUAGUUUUCUGUUACUGUCUUUUUCCUAUACUACUGAUUCAGUUAUCUUAACCCCGUAAAAAGGCAAAGUGGGAGGUCUUGGAAGCAGUCUGAUGUUCAUUUGUACUUCCAUGAAUGCUGACCCAAUUGACUGAUGAGUUUCCUACUCAAUUAACAAUUCUUUAAGAAAGAGGCUUUGGGUCAGAAAGUAAGUUCUUUAUUUUGACAUUGUGGUAAUAUAAGUAAGAAGUGGGAUAGAGUGAAAUGAUUUUUUUUUUUAUGCUUUGCUUCCCAAUUAAAUUGCCACGUAUUCUCUGUAGACACUUACAAUUGAAAUGCUGCCAGCAAUCUUCUCAAAUCUUUCUCUUCCCAGAAAGAAGAAAUAUAGUUCUAAUUUUUUUAUUCUACUUUUUACUCUUAAGUAAUAGCCACCCCUUAAAAACAAACAAAACAAAAACACCCACCUGUAAGUCACACUGAGUUCUACAUACAUUCUGAGACAAUCAGUAGGAUUUUUUUGUUUGAAAAUGUACAUUCCUGCUGGAAAAGAUCACAUUUUAUUUUUUGUUCUGUUGAAGUAAUUGCUGACUAUUUUAUUUCUCUUACUGUGUUGUUUCUUAACUAUCUUCUACUAUUUGAUAUCUGUUAGCAUAAUGCAGUCAGUGAUCUUUAUUAAACUUAGUUGGACUUCAUCUAUUUUUGUCUUCAGGUACCCUCUUCGUUGCCCAUCCUUAGGUCUGUUAUUCAUUACUGUUGUGUCUGAAGCUGAAGAAAGCUAAGUCAGUUAAUAAAUGAUUGUAUAAUUUUUUUUUUUAACUUUAAUCAACUUCAAUAUGAUAGAAACAGGAACCUCUAUAAUGAAAAAUGGUGCCUUUUGUCAGAUAAUCGCUACUGACAGAAUAGACCAGAAUCUGGCUUUCAUUUGUCUUUAGCUUAUUUUUGUAAGGAGUCAUUUGGUGUCUUGAUAUAUCAUUGAUUUUUAUUAUGUUCCUCAUUCCAAAGGCAACCGUUAUUCACAGUGCUCUUUUCCUUAUAAGUACUACUGCUAGUUAUAUGCAGCUUUCUCUUGAUUUUUUUUUUUUGUGUGUCUAGUAUUAACUCAUUCUAUAGUUUGCAGUUGACUGUUUUUGCAAGCAUUUUCUCUCUCAAGAUCAGACUUUUCUAGGAUCAGAUGUUUAAAUACCUCUGUGUUGACCAUAUUGUAUUCUUUUUUUCUUUUUCUAUCCUGGUCACAGUCUUCAUUUUGAACUCUCACAGUAUGUUUGUCUUUUUUUCACUGUUAAUUUUUAGUGCAGUGUUUCCCCUCUCCCAUGACUGUAACUUAUUUAGGCACAGCUGGGUAAGAAAGCAUACAUAUGAGUCAGUCUGGGGGAUGUUUUUCUUUUUCUUCUUCCUUGUAGGGUGUAAGGACAGCAAGGAGGGCUUACCACUGAACACUGAGCACUUUGUGAUAGAUGCUGAUCCUCUUGGUGGACACAGUAUGGGGAACAAUGCGCUAGUUACGUUCCAACUUGCAACUAUAAAAGAAGUUGGGGAUACCCUGGGAACAGAAGAUGAGACCAGGCUUGUGAAGGAGGAAGAUGGCAGUUACUGCAUGCUGCAGGCCACUGGGUUAACUUCUCAAGACUCAACAGCCGUUCCACUCAACCUUGCCUCAGUGUGUGGGCAGUUGUCAGAUUUCUUCAGCCACGUAAAUUCUGUGCCUCCUCUUCCUGUGCUUAUGUUUGCGCAGGCGCCCACAGAUAAUUCAGGGUCACUCAAACAGUAUGAAGGUUAUUACUCUGAUGUGACUGAAAAUGAGGCAAAGAAAAAAAAUAAUUGCAUAAGUGGAAUGUGUGCUGAGAAGGCACCUAGUGCAAUCUCUGGAGAUCUCUGCAGACUAGCAGAGGAUGUAUAUGGCCCAACUACUUGCAGGUCAGUGCUCUGUACUUCAGCCAGUAUUGCAGGUCAGCAGUCCUACAAGGUAUCUUCAUUCCUGGAAUCUGGAUGUAGUCAUGGUGAGAUCAAGCAGAAAAAAGAUUUAUGUGAGGAUCCAGAAAUUCUACUGCCGGUCAAGAAGAAGACACGCACCUUCUAUAGUGCAGAGCAGCUAGAAGAGUUGGAGAAGGUAUUCCAGGAAGACCGCUAUCCUGAUAAUGAGAAGAGGAGGGAAAUCGCAGCUGUGAUUGGGGUGACACCACAGCGUAUCAUGGUCUGGUUUCAGAAUCGCAGGGCAAAGUGGCGAAAAACAGAGAAGUCUAAUGCCAAAGGCAGCAAAAAAUACUCAACAUCAGCAGCUCUGUCAGUCCAUGCUGGGUCAGACAGUUGUGGGGCACCUCUUCUGCCAGUGCCUCCAUUGCCUCAUCAGUCUGCCAUGUUAAAUGUAGACACGACAGCUGGGAACUGCUCCAGCAGGCUCAGUGAGAAUUCUGCAUUUCUUGCUUCCUCCUCAGUCUCUCCAGUCACAGCAAUGAUAGCUUCUUGUGAAGCAGUUCAGACAAAGACGUUGCUGCAGCUUGACUUCAGUUCCUGCAGGGUGGAGUGCUUCCCCAGCCUUCCUAGUCCUCCACCCAUUCACAGGGCCAGUCUGCCUUUCAGUCUUUCCUUCAGCCCCUACGGUCACAUUGUUCCAUUGAUGCUGGAUGCUCCCAACAGUGAAUGCAGCUCAUCCAGUCAGGAAAAUAGCUCCAAGGAGGCCUUCACUUAUAGUAUCCAGAAUCAAGGCUUGUGUUCACCAGUUUCUCCUGAGCAGCUGGACUUCAUAGGCAGUCUAGAGAAACCAUACUGUCAGUAUGGCAGCCAGAGUGGAACUUACCAGCUGUUCCAACAUCCUCAGCAGCACCAGUGUUCCCAGUUCCACCGCCUGCCAUCUCACCCACCCAGCAAUGUCUCCAGCAUUCACCUCACUUCUAUGACAACAACUGAGUCCAGUGCAGAUUUCCUUGACUUACCUGGCAGCAGUGGAAGGGUAACCUAUGGACCAGCAGGAGCCACACAGGGCUAUGUACAAAACCAUGUGGGGGAACAACCUGUGUUACAGUGGCAGAAUGGAAACUCAGUGGGCAUCACUGACAAUCAGACUGUCCCCUGGAAUGAUCGCUACAUGCAGGGAGCUCUGCUCUUGCAUCAGCUGCGCUCUCAAAUGCCAUUUUCUAGCACAGCAGGAGGACAGUAUUUCACAGAGCAGAUUUUGUAUACUCAGCUUCCUUGUCUGCCCUCUUCUCCAUAUUGCCUUCAAUUGCUCCAUGGAACAACAUUAGGAUCUAUGCCACAUACUGGAAAAGAAAAGGGAGCGAUAACAUCAGACCAAAGUUCAGACCAGACCCACCGAAAAGAACUAGAGUUGACAUCACUUGCUGAAAGAGAGGAAAUAGGGAGCAGCAUCAAGAAGGAAGAGUAUUGUUGGUAAUGAAAAGUCCAGUAGAUUUUUUUAAUUUAUUUUUUAAAUGACACAUGGAGGUGAAAUAAGGAAAAAAUACUAAGACAGCAGUAGCUCUUCUGUGUGCACUUGUGGGGUUAUGAAAGCAAAACUGUGGCGUGAAUGGGAAUUCAAUUUUCUUUUUUUGGGUUUUGACCCAAGAUUGGCCCAAUUAUCCAAUAGGUGGUUCUCAGAUUCAUCUCUUCUUAGAAAUGGAGAAUAAAUGGUAUGAGUAAAAUAGAUGGCUAAACUCUGUCUUGUAUCAGACUUACUGCAUUUUAAGCUGAGCAGCUACAUAGGAUUGAUUAUUUCUACAUGACUCCUCAAGGCAGAACUUCUCGAGAAAGAAGAGAGGAAGGGAUAGCUUUUUGUUUGAUUUCCCAAAUGACUUUUCAGAAAAAUACAUUUAUUUUUAGAGACAAAAUUAUAUUGCUCUAGAUUUGCUGUAAAAAGUUGGGGGAGGAUGUUUGUCUAAUUUUGCAAUGUGAAUUACUUGGAAAAAAUUCAGGCAAUUCUAGGCCAUGUGAGGAUUGCAUUUUAUUAACAAUCUGUUUUUCUUCUAAUGUUAAAGAAGAAUUGAUUGAUGCUGUGCUCUGAGAAAAAACAAGAGGAAACAUUACUAUUUGAACUGCAAAAUAAGAGUAGAGAAGAGAAUAUUAUUUGAAUUUUUUUUUAAACUAUUAUUGCUAUUAUUGUUUUCCUGCUGAGGAAAGAAGCUGAAAAAUUUAAAUCAAUCUAACUUCUAGUCUG